AUGGAUAACUGGAGAGUCGCUGUACUGGGUGAUGGUGGUGUGGGUAAAACUGCUCUGGCAGUCCAGUUCACUCUCAACUGCUUUGUUGAAGACGCAUACCGCAGACAGCUGGUGGUGGACAACAAAAUGUGCUUUGUAGAGGUUAUUGACACUGCUGGACAGGAGGAAUACGCCAGCUUGCGUGAUCAAUGGGUCCGUGAGGGUCAAGGCUUCAUCCUCGUCUAUUCUAUCGCUUCCCGAUCUACAUUCGAUCGUCUGGAGAUUUUCCGGCAGUCAAUGCGCAAAGUGAAGCGUGGCGAUCCAAUAUUCAUGCUUGUGGGCAAUAAAUGCGACAAGACAUACGAGCGCGAAGUGUCAAGAGACGAAGGACGCGCGCUUGCUCGACAGUUUGGCUGCGAAUUCGUCGAGACGUCGGCAAAGACUGCAGAAAACGUCGAGCGAUUAUUCACGGACUUGGUUCGUGCGCUGCGACAGACGAGAAGCAUAGAAUCCGGACCAACAUCCGCUCAGGAGCCGCAGAAACCCAAGAAGAAAAACAAGUGUAUUAUCAUGUAG